GCUUUUGAGACAUUCACAUUGCGGUAUCUGGAGCAUCAAACGAUAGACCGUAGCCAUGCAAACGAAGCAAACAUGGGCCGUGGCCAAAAGCGGUAAAAUAGCUACGCGUCGGGGCCGAAUUUCGCGUCUCCCAACAUCGUGACCUUUCUUCGCCAGCUUCGACCAUACCAACACCAUUGCAAUAGCAAAAAUUUCCACCAUGGUUCAAGCUGAAUCCUCAGCCAAUGCUUCUCGCAAUGCUCUAAAGGCCAAUGUUUCUGGUGCACCUCCGGACUAUGAACUGCCCUGGGUCGAAAAAUACCGUCCAGUGUUUCUGGACGAUGUUGUUGGUAACACAGAAACUGUUGAACGCUUAAAAAUCAUUGCCAAAGAUGGAAAUAUGCCUCACGUUAUCAUAUCGGGGAUGCCUGGUAUCGGAAAAACGACCUCAGUUCUCUGCCUGGCGCGACAGUUGCUGGGAGAUGCCUACAAGGAGGCUGUUUUGGAGCUGAACGCUAGUGAUGAAAGAGGUAUCGAUGUCGUGCGGAAUCGUAUCAAAGGAUUUGCGCAAAAAAAGGUCACACUACCCCCGGGCCGCCACAAGCUUGUUAUACUGGAUGAAGCAGAUAGCAUGACUUCCGGUGCCCAGCAAGCACUGCGACGAACAAUGGAAAUCUACUCUUCUACGACACGAUUCGCCUUUGCAUGCAACCAGUCAAAUAAAAUUAUUGAACCGCUCCAAUCCCGAUGUGCCAUUCUCCGCUACGCUCGAUUGACCGAUGCACAGAUAGUCAAGCGACUGAAGCAGGUUUGUGAUGCGGAAAAGGUAGAACACACAGAGGAUGGGCUUGCAGCGCUGGUAUUCAGCGCCGAGGGUGAUAUGCGUCAGGCCCUAAACAACCUGCAGAGUACCUGGUCCGGGUUUGGCUUGGUCAGUGGGGAUAACGUGUUCCGCGUUGUUGACAGCCCUCAUCCAAUCAAGGUCCAAGCAAUGAUUAAAGCCUGCUGGGAGGGGAAAAUAGAUGCUGCUUUGGAAACGCUGAAUGAGCUAUGGGAUCUGGGGUACUCCUCCCACGACAUUAUAAGCACCAUGUUCAAGGUGACGAAGACAAUUCCAACCCUGUCUGAACAUUCGAAAUUAGAGUUCAUCCGCGAGAUUGGCUUUACGCAUAUGCGAAUUUUGGACGGUGUGCAGUCACUUUUGCAGUUGAGCGGAUGUGUCUCCAAACUCUGCAAAAUAAACAUGAAACCGGGGCUAUUCGAGCCCCCAAAGUCAUAAAGCGCGAGCUCGUUGAUAGCCUAGCAUACUCCCCGAUGUUGGAGGAGUUGGACGAACAACGUUAAUCUAAUGAAGCAAAUGUAUAUUCCCACUUAUUAAU